UAUGUAUAAAAUGAUUCACAAAAUCCCUACGAGAGUCUGUGGGGAGAGUGCGGGAUUUUUUUAGGCGAGACUACGUUUAUUUAUUUACUUAUUUCCAAAUUCAUAAGUGUUUCAACUCAGAAUGGCUCGUAAUAGCAAUGAGAACGAUGAAGAUAACAUUGACCCCGCAUCCGUUACGAGUAACGUGAAGAACACGCUAAAACAGGAUGUUAUAAAGGAGUUGCUUAAUGGAUCAUUCCAAGACAAUAAGACAAAGUUGGGCAAUGACGCGUUAUCAUUGGUGGUGGAGGUGGCAAAGUGCCUGGUCACCGAGACCUGCCUGAGGGCCUCCAGCCACGCGCUGCGCGAGGCUUGUGACAAAGUCGACAUAGAUCAUAUUGAGAAAUGCCUGCCACAACUGAUGCUGGAUUUCCCAUAAAGUACAAGACAUUAGAGAUUUGGACCCUAUUUAAUUAUGGAAGUACUCAGAAUCAUAAUAGUUCAAGUACUAUGCCCUUGCUUUCUAUGCCAAAAGCAGCUUUGCCCAUUCCUACCUCCAAAGUAUUAAAUUUAGCUUCUCGCAUUUAAUGUAUAAAUACUAUAUUUUUUUAAACAUCUUUGAAGUUGUUCGCUAGAUCUAAAUUGUAAUUGAGGAAUGUUGUAGAACAAUGUAACUUAAAGAUUUGUUCGAAAAAUUUGGUUGUUAUAAAUUAAUGAAAAGCAAUAAAAAUAUUUUAACCUA